AUGCCUGGCAAGCAAGGAAGGCAGUGGAGGUCCAUGUGCAAAGGUCUGGUCCUGGGUACACUCCUGACCAGCUGCAUGAUCCUGCUUUACUGCCUCUCCACUCCACAGAUUGACUUCAGUCUGCCUGAGGUUCCAGUGCCUUACUCCUGUGCCCACCGUCCAUCCCAACUUCACCCCAAACCAACCACAAACAGCUCACACCAAACCCUUGGCCAGACCUGUGCUCCUAAAGUGGAUAUCAUGUUCAUGAAGACCCACAAAACAGCCAGCAGCACCUUCCUUAACAUCCUUUUCCGCUUUGGUGAGAAACACCGGCUCAAAUUUGCCUUUCCUGACAGCAGAAAUGACUUCUUCUAUCCAUCUCUUUUUGAGCGUUCCCAGGUAAAAGACUACAGACCUGGAAUGUGUUUCAAUAUUAUCUGUAAUCACAUGCGCUUCAAUGCACCUGAGGUGGCCAAGUUGCUCCCUCUGGACACUUCCUACAUCACUAUUCUGCGAGACCCUGCAGAGCUUUUUGAGUCGUCCUUCCACUACUUUGGCCGACUGGUGCCUUUUACCUGGAAGAUACCAGGUGAUGACAAGCUGACUGAGUUCCUACGUGACCCCCUUUACUACUUUGAUCCAGAGGGUUUCAACUCUUUCUACCUCAAGAACCUGCUGUUCUUUGACUUUGGACAGGACAACACUUUAGAGCUGGAUGAUCUGCGUGUAGAAGAAGGAAUCAAAUUCAUCAUUGACCGUUUUCAGCUGGUCAUGUUGGUGGAAUACUUUGAGGAAUCACUCAUCCUGCUCAAGCAUGCCCUCUGCUGGGAGAUGGACGACUUGCUCUACUUCAAGCUCAAUGCCCGCAAGGGAUCCACUGUGUCUAAACUUACCCCUGAGCUGAGGUCCAGGGCCCUUGAGUGGAAUGCUAUUGAUUGGAAGCUAUACCAGCAUUUCAACCAGACCUUUUGGAAGAAAGUAGAUGCAUAUGGUAAGCAGCGGAUGGCUGAGGAUGUGGCAGAGCUCAGGAGAAGGAACGCAGAGAUGGCCUCCAUCUGCAUUGAGGGGGGUCAUGCAGUUGAAGCUGGCAGCAUCCAAGAAACAGCCAUGCAGCCCUGGCAACCCAUAGGAGAGAAGUCAAUCAUGGGCUAUAACAUGAAGAAAAAUGUGGACAAGGCACAUCGGAAGUUGUGCCGCAAGAUGUUGAUGCCAGAACUUCAAUACUUAACUGAGCUUGGGGUGAACCUGUGGAUCACCAAGCUGUGGGGCCAUGUCCGAGAUAUCAUUAACUGGUGAAUAGACGUGUCAGCAAGAGGGGCCAAUUCAACUCUGAUGGACUGUAGUAAAAGAAUAGAAAUCUGACUGUGUGGCUGAUAGAGUGAGAGGUUAAAAGCUUCUGUCAUAUUUCCUGUCUCAUUUUGUUGUAAAUCUAUUUGCAUUUCCGGAUUCUGCAAUGUAAUGUAUCUGAUGGGUGCUUGAGAAAAAAAUACUGUAUACCACACAAUCUACAAAUACUGAACCAGUUUACUACAUGCAGAUGAGGCCUAGUAUUGUUCUCUGUGUUUAUGAUUCAAUUUUCAAACAUUAAAAUGUUCUUACUCUCAGAUGUGAGCUUGUUCUAAUGGAGUAGUUGAGUGAACUAGGAAGUUCAGGACUCAUUUUAUAAGCCGUUUGAUGGAAUGAGGACCAAUUUUUUGCCUUCCCUGCCAAAUUCUUAAUGUUGUUUGAGGACAUGGAAAUAAUCAUACUUCACUUUAAGCUAAAUCUUGUCAAGCUUUUUGGUUUCCAUCCUCCAAAGUUGAAACAUUUAAGUUCUAAGACACUGAAUCCCCACUAAGGUCUAAAAUAUAGAUGUGAAAAUAGUGAAUGUAAGUAUUACAUCCCAUUCUAUGGAGGACAAAAUCAGCCAUUAUUUAAAAAAAAAAUAGGUGAGCAAACAGACAUUUCUAAUAGCACUUGUCACUUAUCAUAACAGGAAAAGCACAGGUGCAACUAAUAGCCUUAAUUUUCUAUUCCAGGGCCGGAGAACUACAUCACUAUAUCACUGCUUUCCCUGCAGUGACAUGUCAAAAUGAAAAAAGGCUGGUAAAUAAUAUUCAAAGAAGUCUAUAAAUUAAAUACUGAGUGCAGCACCAUGCUUUCAAGACGAAAAAUAAUUUCCUCAUUCAUUUACUUUCCUUGUCAGUUUUUAUAGCAUAUGAAAUAUUAUGUUGAGUUUUUUGCUAUAUGAUAUAAUAUUUUUGCUUCUCCAGGGCACUUUGCAGUUGUAGCCAAUUCUCCUAUUUCACCUGAUAUCACAAUGUUAAUCCUAAUAGCAUUCACCCUUGCCAGGUGUUUUGGCAGGUACAUUGAUGAUGUGGUGGGAAAUGUUGUGUAGUGAGCCAAAAAAAAAGAAAAAAAAAAACAUUGUCAGCCAAUUAAGGUAAAUCCUCUCUAGAGAGGCAAUAUGACAAUGACUAACAGUGUUAAACAGCACACAAAUGUGUUUACACAGCCUCGUAAUCAUAGCCUGCAGAAAUAAAGGGAAUUAAAUUGACAAACAAAUAGAUGUUUUUCCUGAUAAUGCAUUCUAUCACUCAUUUAUUUCUUAAUUUGUCCAUUCACCUAUACAUUAUUUUUUUGU